CUAAAACAAAUGUGCAAACAACACAGAACUAUAUAUGCAGCCUAUAGGCAGGCCACGGGGCCUGUCGGCGACCACCGUGACAGGAGGGCGUGAUCUCACGGCGCUAGGACCGUGGCUGUCUGCGCGCACAUCCCAGCAGUACUAGAGCUCAGUUGAAUUGCUCGCGACCAGUGAGGCUGUUCGCUGCGGUUGCGAGCCAUCACCGGGGAAGCACCCUCUGCGCUCAUCACUCUCGGAGUCCUGAAACACGACCUGAACCGCCUGGGCUCGUCUCCGGUGCUCUCCCUAUGGACUUACAAUGCGCAGGAUACGGGCCAACGCCAUCGCGAUUCUGACCGUUGCGUGGAUACUGGGAACAUUCUAUUACCUGUGGCAGGACAAUAAACCGCACACAUCCCCGUCUUCGGCGUCGCAGGCUCGCGUCGCGGGCGGCCGGAGCCAUGGACCGAAGGUCGCUGGCGGGCGGCUGGAGAUACACCGAGACGACAGGACUAUCCCGCUUAUUGUGAGCCAGGCUCCGCACGCCGACCCCCAGGGCGGGCUGGUGGGCAGCUUCGACGAGCAGGCCUACCUGCAGGACAAGCAGCUGAGGGAGGGAGAUGACCCCUACCGCGAGCACGCCUUCAACCUGCAGGAGAGCGACCGCCUGGGCAGCCAGAGGGCCAUCAGAGACACCCGACACUACCGGUGUGCAGCGGUGACCUACGACGCUGAGCUCCCGUCCACCAGCGUCAUCAUCACCUUCCACAACGAGGCCCGCUCCACCCUACUCCGCACCAUCAAGAGUGUCCUCAUGCGUAGUCCUGCCCCCCUGAUCCAGGAGAUCAUCCUCAUCGACGACUUCAGCUCUGACCCUGAUGACUGCCAGCUGCUCUCUCAGAUUCCCAAGGUGCACUGCCUGAGGAACGGACGAAGAGAAGGGCUGAUCCGCUCCAGGGUGCGUGGUGCGGGCGCUGCCUCGGCCCCUGUCCUCACGUUCCUGGACAGCCACUGUGAGGUCAACACUGACUGGCUGCAGCCCAUGCUCCAGAGGGUCAAGCAGGACCACACCCGGGUGGUCAGCCCCAUCAUCGAUGUCAUCAGCCUGGACAACUUUGCCUACCUGGCCGCCUCAGCAGACCUGAGAGGAGGGUUUGACUGGAGUUUACACUUCAAAUGGGAGCAGAUUCCCAUUGAGCAGAAGAUGGCGAGGAGUGACCCCACGCAGCCAAUCAGGACUCCGGUGAUCGCCGGGGGCAUCUUCGUCAUGGACAAGAGCUGGUUCAACCACCUGGGGCAGUAUGACACCCACAUGGACAUCUGGGGGGGGGAGAACUUUGAGCUGUCGUUCCGGGUGUGGAUGUGUGGGGGCAGCCUGGAGAUCCUGCCCUGCAGCAGAGUGGGACACGUCUUCAGGAAGCGCCACCCCUACGACUUCCCAGAGGGCAACGCCCUCACCUAUAUCAAGAACACGAGGAGAGCAGCAGAGGUGUGGAUGGAUGAGUAUAAGCAGUACUACUACUCAGCAAGACCCUCUGCUCAGGGCAAGGCCUUCGGCAGCAUUGCAGAUCGAAUGAUGUUGCGGCGCAAGCUGAACUGCAAGUCCUUCCGCUGGUACAUGGAGAACGUUUACCCUGAGCUGAGGAUCCCAGAGCAGGGGGCAGUGUCCAGUAUCCUGAGGCAAGGGGGGCUGUGUCUGGAGACUCAGGGUCCAGACAGCCUGGGGCUGGCAGAGUGCAGGGGCAGCGGCUCCAACCGGCCCCAGUCUCAGAGAUGGGAGCUGGCGGAGCCUCUUAUUCGCCAGCAGGACCUCUGUCUCGCCAUCUCCGCCUUCAGCGCAGGGUCAAAGGUCAAGAUGGAGGCGUGCAGCGUGAAAGAGCCCAGACAGAAGUGGAAACCUAAAGGCCCCGCUCUGCAGCACAUGGUCAGCGGACUGUGUCUGGACAGCCAGCCUCCGGCAGGACCCCCAGUCAUCAGCCCCUGCCGCCCCCAGGUGGCCAGCCAAGCCUGGGAGCCACAGCUGAUCACCUGAGCCCAGCUGGGCGGCCGGCUGGAGGGGGGGAGGCAGAUACAGACUGUGCACUAGGACCCAGGAGACCACGCCUGAACACUGACGACUUGGUGGAGGAGGAGAGUAAUGACGUCAAGAACCAAGUUUGGUGUUUUUAACUGGAGGCUCCUGUCUGAUGUAUAUGUGGGUGACCAGAGUGCCAAUGGAAAGAUGAAAGUCCUUUGUGAAGCUGAGAGAUAGAGAGAGAGAGAGAGAGAGAGAGAGAGAGAGAGAGAGAGAGAGAGAGAGAGAGAGAGAGAGAGAGAGAGAGAGAGA